GCGUCCCUGAAAGACACGGCGAUGGUCAUGGAUGAUUAUUUCUCGGCGCUGCUGGCGAGGGGUCGUCGAGCUCGUAUUCGGAGAAAUGAAUGCUUUCUCGUUAACGCGAAACAUUCGCGUUCCGCCUUGGCCGUCAUCGAUCUCGCCAUUAGAGUGUUUGGCGCGAAGCCGAUAGCUCUAUGCAACGACGUAAGGCGAGCCAAGCUGUGCGCCGAUCUCGGCGCAGAGGUCGUGUGCGAUAGAAAUGAACUGUGCUUGCCGUACAAAUUAAGAAAACUCACCGGAAAAAAAGAAGUACGGGUGAUGAUCGAGACCGAGGGCGGACCGUACUUCCGGAGCGUCGUCAAAUGCUUGAAGCACGAUGGUUUAAUCGCUCUUCUCGGGAAUGCUCGAAAUAAACGGUAUCCCGAUUUCUACGUCAUGUCGCCGAAUUACACAGUAUUCGCGGUCGCCGCGGAACAUUACAAACUCGCUGACACACUGGUAUACAGGGAGACUAUGCAACAUUUGUUGGACUAUCACUCGGAAUGCACGAUUCGUCCUCGUAUCUCGGCGAUCUUCGGACUGCAUCAUAUCAAUGAUGCGUUUGAUUAUUACACGACAGUGCCGAGCGGAAAUGUGUUGAUAGAUAUGAAGGAUCAUGAUCGGUUAACUAUGUGCGAUGAGUUUUAG